AUGGCCUCCUCAGAUGUACAGAUCCAUCCUGUUUCAAGAGUCAACAAUGGCGACGUCAAGCUUAACAAGAUUUCCUGUCAAUUGACGCAGAAUAAGAUGCGCGGAGGGGCGCAAGCAAUGCUGUACGCCGUUGGGCUACAAGAGGAAGACAUGAACAAGGCUCAGAUCGGGAUAUCCCCCAUUUGGUGGGAGGGAAAUCCUUGCAACGCGCAUCUUCUUGACCUAGCCAAGAAAGUGAAGGAAGGCUGCGAACAGGAAGAUCUCGUGGGAUUCAUAUUCAAUACCAUUGGGGUUAGCGAUGCUAUAACAAUGGGAACAGACGGGAUGCGCUAUUCGCUUCCAAGCCGCGACAUCAUAGCCGACUCCAUUGAAGCGGUCGUCAUGGCCCAACAUUACGAUGGGAAUAUUGCUGUUCCCGGAUGCGACAAAAACAUGCCUGGCUGUGUCAUCGCUGCUGCAAGGCACAAUCGUCCUACAAUCAUAGUGUACGGAGGGACGAUCCAACCGGGUGUCCGCCAGGUAGACUGCCCUCAUCUGGGAUACAAAGCGGGAGACACUGUCAAUAUUUCCGACGCCUUCGAGUCCUUCGGUGCCUUCGCAGUAGGGAAGAUCAGUGAUGCUGAGCGCCAGGAUGUUGUUAGACACGCCUGCCCAGGUCCCGGAAGUUGCGGUGGAAUGUAUACAGCCAACACCAUGAGCUCUGCUUUGGAAGUGCUUGGAUUGUCUCUUCCGUACUCGUCGGGAAUCCCUGCAACCUAUCCAGCAAAGAUCCAGGAAUGCUACAGAGCAGCGAAAUAUCUGAAAAAACUGCUCGAAUUGGAUUUGAAACCCAAGGAUAUCCUUACUCGGAACAGUUUCCUCAAUGCCAUCGCGAUCGUGAAUGUGAUCGGUGGAUCUACCAACGCGGUCUUGCACUUUCUUGCUAUGGCCAGAGCGGCGGACAUUCACCUGACAAUUGACGACUUCCAGGACGUAGCAGACCGUACACCGUACCUUGCGGACCUGAAACCCUCUGGCAAGUAUUACAUGGAGGAUUUGCACAAAGUUGGCGGUAUUCCUGCCUUGCUCAAAUAUUUGUUAAACCACACCAACUUGAUCGAUGGCUCACAACUGACUGUUACCGGCAAGACACUUGCUGAGAACCUGGCAGAUGUCGAAGAGCUGCGUUUUGAUAAUCAGGACGUAGUUAGGAGGCUCGAAGACCCUAUCAAGCGUACCGGACAUAUCACCAUCCUUCGCGGGAACCUGGCUCCUGACUCAGCGGUGGCGAAGAUCACCGGAAAGGAGGGUACGAAGUUCGAAGGCGUCGCGAUGUGCUUCGAUACCCUGGAACCCUUUUAUACUGCACUUGAAGCAGGGAAAAUCAAACCGGGUACGGUUCUGAUAUUCCGCUACCAAGGCCCGAAAGGGGCUCCAGGGAUGCCAGAAAUGCUUGGACCGACCGGAGCAUUGAUGGGCGCCGGAUUGGGCAACACGACGGCUCUCAUCACCGACGGCCGAUUUUCCGGGGCAUCUCGCGGAUUCAUCAUCGGUCACGUAACCCCAGAAGCUCGUGUCGGAGGCCCAAUUGCACUCGUACAGGAUGGAGAUAAAGUGGUCAUCGACACGAACAGCAGGUCGAUCAGCUGGCUUGUCGACGAGGCCGAGCAGCAGCGGCGCCUGCAAGAAUGGCAAGCAUCGGACAAAGGCGAACUGAAAGAGAAAAGGGGAAUACUCUUCAGAUACGCACGGGAUGUCGCGCCUGCCAACGUUGGAGCAUACUGCGAUUGAGGCGUGCAAGUUGUCAAUGUGGUCGUAGCACGUUGGGUCGUGAUCAUAUUAAGGGUGGCUAGGCACGACUCCGUGAAACGGGUUCUGUGUCAGCAAUGUUUCGCAGCAUGAUUGGACGCCGAAUGGCAUCAGCAGAAGGCGG